AAUAAAGAAAAAAAGGUUCGAGCCUUCGAGGUGGUGAUGGAAAGCGAAAAUAGGGAAACUAUCGUUGGUACGUCUGCCGGUCCCAUGGAAGAGAGCUUAGGUAAGGAGAUGGACUCUGAGACAACGGCAACGCAAACUACUGCGUUGCCUGAGCCCUUGAACCGUGCAGAGGAACUCAGGGGCUUACUCACAUUGGCUCGCCAGCUCAUAAAUCAGGGGAAGCCAUCUCUGGCACUUCAAGCGGUGAUAAUGGCUAUGAGAACUGAUGGUGGAGAAGAUGCUGUGUUCCACACCCUGCACCGUGCUCGUGAACUAUACCGAAACAAAGUGCAGGCAAAUGCUGCUGCUGAUGAGCUGGCUUCUUUGUUUGCGGAAUGUGCAAUUGCUGAAGCGCAGCCACUGAAACUUAAAAUAUCACCUUUCGAUUCUGGGGGCUCAUCUAUGACACCUGAUCUUCAUGGAAGUUCAAUCCUUGCCAAAACUGGAAGGGAACAGAUUAUGUUGGAUGCCUGCUCAGAUGGAAGCAGUUUCAUAUGCUUACAGUGUGGGGGCCUUGUGAGUCAACAACGAAGGGAGGAGCAUUUUGCAUACUGGUGUUGCAAAAUUUAACAUUAGAAGGUAUUUAAAUGGAUUCUUUCUAUCUUUUCUCAUUCUUCUGAAUCAUAACCCAAAACUUAGAAACAACAUAAGACUAGCAUGGAAUGAAAAUAUCUCAGGAAGUUAAAAGGAAUGAAAGGGGAAGAUGAGUGUCCAAGUUUUUGAGAGUGAGUUGUAAUGUUGAAGUAAAGUUCUAUAACAUGUAGAACAAUGAACAUACUCUGUGCCCCUAUUGCAUUGGA